AUGUCGGAAUCGACUGCUGGCCCAUCAACGCCUUCCAGGAAACGAUCUAGAUGGCAAAACUCUGAUGAUGAUAUCGAAGAAGCUCAGCAAUUGACCAUUAAUCCGGUUAAACGUCGCAUAAAACCUAAGCCCAGCAAGUGGCCUACAGCCUCAGCAGUACCUCCAGUUGCUCAAAUACCCAGAUACCCCUUACACAGUAUAUAUGUUCCACCUCGAACUCACCACCCGCCUAUGGUUCCAUCACGCUCAGUCUACUGCUACGAGAGAUUGAACCAAAUCGAAGAAGGAACCUAUGGCGUCGUUUUCCGUGCCAAAGACAAGCAGACCGGUGAUAUAGUCGCUUUAAAGAAGCUGAAAUUGGAGGAGGAAAAGAAUGGAUUUCCGAUAACUUCCUUGCGUGAGAUUAACGCGCUGAUAGCGUGCAGACACGAGAAUGUGGUUGGUAUUCGAGAGGUCGUUGUUGGCGAUACAUUGACUCAAGUCUUCAUCGUCAUGGAUUUUAUUGAGCACGAUCUCAAGUCCCUCCUCACCUUGAUGCCUUCGCCAUUUCUGCAGUCAGAAAUCAAGACGCUGAUGCUUCAGCUACUAUCCGCCGUUAAGCAUUGUCAUGCGAACUGGAUUCUUCAUCGUGAUUUGAAAACCAGCAACCUCCUUAUGAACAACCGUGGAACCAUAAUGGUUGCAGACUUUGGUCUGGCCCGACGCUACGGAGACCCUGUCGGCGUUGGGGGAAUGACCCAGCUCGUGGUUACGCUGUGGUAUCGAGCUCCUGAAAUACUUCUAGGAGCGGAAAAAUACUCAACAGCGGUCGACAUGUGGUCCGUUGGAUGUAUAUUCGCGGAACUCCUCUUGAAAGAACCACUUUUUCAAGCCAAAAAUGAGCUUGAACUCAUAUCAAUGAUUUUCAAGCUUCUGGGUCCACCCACUAACAAUUCCUGGCCCGGAUAUUCUUCAUUACCUCUCACAAAAACCAUUAAUCUUCCGUCACCUCAACCUCAUCAGUUCCGACAAAAGUUCCAGUACAUGACUGCCGCAGGAAUCGACUUACUAAUGUCUUUGUUGACAUACGAUCCCGACCAGCGAAUAUCGGCGGAAGAGGCUCUGGACCAUCCUUACUUCACGGAGUCGCCACUUCCAAAGCAUCCAGACUUGUUUGGGUCGUUCCCUUCCGCUGCGGCGGGCGAAAAGAAGCGCAAAGUGUUUGAUAGUCCGUCUGCUCCUACGCGUGCGGCAGACCAUAAACUAUUCACCGAGUUCGAUCCGGAUAUGUAG